AUGAUUUAGGGCAUGCAGUACAGACAGUUUGUCAGUAUGGAUGAGCAGACAACCACUCUGAUUCAGAUUUAUCAGAAUAGUAGUGCACACUUAAACGCUUCAUUUGACUUCAACUCAACAGGUCUGAAGGAGAACUCGGACAUCUAUGAAUUUUAUGUUAUUGGUCUUUUCCUGUCUUGCCUUUACACAAUCCUACUCUUCCCUAUUGGCUUUAUUGGAAACAUCCUCAUACUCGUAGUUAACCUCAACCAUCGAGAAAAGAUGACCAUACCUGACCUUUACUUCAUUAACCUGGCAGUAGCAGAUCUCAUUUUAGUCGCUGAUUCCCUCAUUGAGGUCUUCAACCUGAAUGAGAAGUACUACGACUAUGCCGUUCUCUGCACCUUCAUGUCCCUGUUCCUGCAAGUCAACAUGUACAGCAGCAUCUUCUUCCUGACCUGGAUGAGUUUUGACCGCUAUGUGGCCCUAGCUAACUCAAUGAGCAGCAGACCAUUGCGUACCAUGCAGCACGCCAAACUCAGCUGCAGCCUCAUCUGGAUGGCCUCCAUCCUGGCCACCCUGCUUCCCUUUACCAUCGUGCAGACGCAGCACACGGGUGAGGUCCACUUCUGCUUCGCCAACGUCUUUGAGAUCCAGUGGCUGGAAGUGACCAUCGGAUUCCUGGUGCCUUUUUCGAUCAUCGGCUUGUGCUACUCGUUGAUAGUGCGCAUCCUUAUGAGGGCACAAAAGCACAGAGGUCUGUGGCCACGCCGGCAAAAAGCCCUGCGUAUGAUCGUCGUUGUAGUGCUGGUGUUUUUCAUCUGUUGGCUACCUGAAAAUGUUUUUAUUAGCAUCCAGCUGCUUCAGGGCACAGUGGACCCUUCAAAGCGUAGUGCAACCAUCCUGUAUCAUGACUACCCACUGACUGGACAUAUCGUCAACCUGGCUGCGUUCUCCAACAGCUGCUUGAACCCCAUCAUUUACAGCUUCCUCGGAGAGACCUUCCGCGACAAACUGCGACUCUAUGUGAAGCAGAAGGCAAGCUGGUCGGUGGUUUAUCGCUUCUGUCACCACACUUUGGACCUCAACAUCCCAGUCAGGAGUGAGUCUGAGGUCUAA